GCUUAGCGCGUACAGAGGUGCUUGGCUUUUCCCUGCACCCUCCAGGGGUUGUGGGGCUUAAUCCGUCCAUGCAGCGACAGCGCUUUGAGCACCUCUGGCGGACGAGGCUAGAGACGAGCUAGAGCUCGCGGGGUGGGAGUGGGGAACAAAGCCACCAUGCGCCCUUUUCAGGAGAUUGCUUAUUAAACGCGGCCUGGACCCUACAAACCCCUCCGCGCUGCAUGGCCCGCCCCUCCCCGGGAGAGCUGAGCCCCGCGAGGGCUCAGGCAGAGGCGCGAUGUCCCUUUCUUUCCCAAGCUCCCGAGGCAGCAGGGUGCGCAGUUGCCGUGAAACCGAAAGCAGCGUGUAGCAGCCAACGCUUCCCUUCGCCGCGCCCUGCGCUGCGCUGCCUUCUCCCCGCGGACGGGGCUGGACUGUGGCUGCGGAGCCGCCGCGGCUGGCGGGAAAGUUUGUGGAGCCGGACCCGGCUGCUGCCGCCCACAGCAAAGCUCCCCGCUGCCGUACAGCUUCCAUGGCCUCUGAAGAACUUACUGGUCUCUCAAACAGCUUCAUACGCCAGAAUUCCACCAGUGGCAUUUCUCUAGACUUUGAACCUGACGCUGACUACCACUUCGUUGAAACCUUAGAAGAACGGUACAAAUGUGCCUAUUGCCACUUAGUCCUUCACAAUCCUCACCAGACAGGAUGUGGUCACAGAUUUUGCCAGCAUUGUAUUAUUUCUCUGAGAGAAUUGAAUACAGUACCUACCUGUCCUGUAGACAAAGAAACAAUAAAAGUGCAGGAGGUGUUCAAAGACAAUUGCUGUAAAAGAGAAGUUCUCAACUUGCAAGUGUUUUGCAAAAAUUUUCCUGAAUGCAAUUCAAAAAUAACUCUGGGACGAUAUCAGGAUCACCUGCAGCAAUGCUUAUUUGAAAGUGUUCUGUGCAUUAAUGGUGAAUGUCGUGAUCAAAUUCUUCGGAAAGAUUUAAAAGAUCACCUAAGUCUGCACUGUAAAUUUCGAGAAGAAAUAUGCCAGUACUGUAAUCAAUAUGUGGUUUCAAUUAAUUUAAAGAACCAUGAGAAAAAUGAGUGUCCUGAUUUUCCUGUGCCUUGUCUCCACAAAUGUUCUCAGAUCAUUCUGAAAAAGGAGAUGGAUAAACACUUGUCUGUGUGUCCUGAGGCAGAAGUAGAUUGUCCCUAUAAACAAUAUGGCUGUCCUGUACAGAUUAAAAGAGGAAAGCUUGCAGAACAUGAGAACGCUGCUCUGAGGGAACACAUGCUGCAAAUUUUAGACAAGAAUUCCAAAUUGGAAGAACAGAUAUCUGACCUAUAUAAGAGUUUGGAAUUUAAAGAGAUUAAAAUCCAACAGCUAGCAGACACAGUUAAAAAGUGUGAAAAGGAUUUCAGACAGUUUGCACAGCUGCUUGGUAAAAACAGCAAUUUGAUGGUAAACACCCAGACUCUUGCCAGUCAUAUUGAUAAAUCUGCAUGGCUGGAAACACAAGUGAGGCAGCUAAUACAAAUGUCAAACCAGCAGCAAAGUAAAUUUGACCUGAUGCCACUGCUGGAGACUAUUGAAAAUAUAAAGCAGAAGAUUGCCUUUAUGGAGACAUAUGAUCAGCGUUUAGUUGUUUUGGAAGGCCAGUUCACCGAACAUGAUGUCCACAUCAGUAUUCACAAAGCACAGCUCAAUAAAAAUGAAGAGCGGUUUAAGCUUUUGGAGGGCACAUGUUACAAUGGAAAACUAAUCUGGAAAAUCAUGGACUACAAGAUGAAGAAAAAAGAAGCCAUGGAAGGCCGCAUUGUCUCUAUAUUCAGCCAGCCUUUUUAUACCAGCCGCUGUGGGUACAGGUUAUGUGCAAGAGCAUAUCUGAAUGGGGAUGGCUCAGGAAAAGGGACGCAUAUCUCCCUAUACUUCGUAGUGAUGAGAGGGGAGUUUGAUUCGUUGCUACCAUGGCCUUUCAAGCAAAAAGUUACACUUAUGCUUCUGGACCAAAGUGGGAAAAAAAAUCACAUUGUGGAAGUCUUCAGAGCCGACCCUAACAGCAGCAGUUUCAAAAGGCCAGAUGGAGAGAUGAAUAUUGCCUCUGGAUGCCCAAGGUUUGUGGCGCACGCUGUGCUGGAGAACGCCAAGAACACUUAUGUCAAAGAUGACACUUUGUUCAUGAAAGUUGUUGUGGAUUUAACUGACCUAGAGGAAUUAUGAAGUACCUGGAAGACAUGACUGUUUUAAUGACAAAGAAAUGCUUUCUCUCGGUGACGAUUGGCCAACCUCAUACAACGGUGAAUUGCCACUCGUCCAACCAUAUUUUUGACUGCAUAAUAGCUGCUGAGUUGCCAGAGCACCACGCUUGCUUUCUUUUUCAUUUUUUCAAUACUAUAUUUAGGGGAUCUAUAAGUCCAGUUUGACGGUGUGAACCAGAUCAAUGUAUUCAAACCAGUAUUUUGACUCUGUUCAAUAUAUUUUGGGAGUGAAUGCUUGGCUCACAUCUCAAGAUGGCAUUUUAUGAGGAAACUACUGUAGGCUCUUUGGAACCCGGGCAAGUUUGUGGUUCCAGUCUCUUAUAAACAUUGAUAGUGCUCCCAUCAUAGUGGUGUCUAGGUGCAUUUCUUGUGGUUUUGUGAGGGAAUCAUUUCAACACUGCCUGAAUAUGAAGAGAUGAAUCCUGAUCCCAGCAGCACCCUGCCUUUAAAAAACCGAGGGAGAAAAGGUGAGCCAGGCAGAAAAAACCUAGCCAGGAAUUUCAGAGCUCCUAGUUAUUGGAAAGUCUGGAUGAAGAUGUCUUAUAGUUCUGGCCUGCUUACUCAGCUGUGCUGAGCACCCACAAAUCCCAGUGAGGUCAUUAGUGUCCCCUAUGUUCCUGCUUGGUGCUUCGGGCCAGAUCCCGAUUUGUGAUGAGCAUCCCCAGUCCCCAUUAGAAGUCAGUGAAAGCUGCUGGUGCUUAUUGCCUCCCAAGAUAUGGUCAUUAUUGGGGUUCUCAGCCCAUCUACUAACCUACAAGAGUAGCAGACCAGUUGAGUCCACUGCUGGAAGGCAGGGGCAAAAGCUCUAAAACUUUUGCUCCUCUGCUGCCUGUGGAGUAUUUUUUUUGUGUGGCUUAGCAGCCGUGCAGUGGCUCAGAACUUUGGAAAACUGCACUUGAAGGGUUCCUGCUAACAUGCAGCAUUCCCCAAAGACAAAGAAAAGAGGAUGUAUGUGGGGAAGCAUUGCUUUAAAUUAGGGCUGUUGGUUAAUCACAGUUAACUCAUGCAAUUAA